UUAAAGCUUGUCAAAUUUUAAUUAAAUUAUCAAAUAACAAAUUGAAGAAUGUAAUUAUACUAUAAACAUUUAUUAAGGAAAGUUGAAUUUUAAAUUCAGCCAUGAAGCCCAUAAUAGGAGGAUUUGGUGAUAAUAUCGAGUGCUAUGAAGUGCUGAAUCUUCUUGGAAAGGGUGGAUUUGCCAGUGUAUAUCGAGCAAAAUGUCGAAAAACCGGAAUGGAAGUGGCUAUAAAAAUGAUCGAUAAGAAAUUGAUGCAAGCAGCAGGAAUGGCUGGUCGUGUCCGACAAGAAGUUGCAAUACAUUCAAGAUUAAAACAUCCAGCUAUUUUAGAACUAUACACUUUUUUUGAAGACGCAAACUAUGUUUAUUUAGUUUUAGAACUUUGCCACAAUGGUGAAUUGCAAAGAUAUUUUAAGAAUCAUAACAAAGUAGUCUCAGAAGCUGAAGCAAGUUUAAUUAUGCGGCAAGUAGUUUGUGGUUUACGAUAUCUUCAUUCCCAUAAUAUUCUACAUCGAGAUAUUUCAUUAUCAAAUUUGUUAUUAAGUAAUGAUAUGCAAGUUAAAAUAGCUGAUUUUGGUUUAGCAACGCAAUUAACACGACCAGAUGAAAAACAUAUGACAAUGUGUGGUACACCAAAUUACAUAUCUCCAGAGGUAGUAUCGCGUAGUUCUCAUGGAUUGGAGGUUGAUGUAUGGGGUCUUGGUUGUAUGUUAUAUACAAUUUUAGUUGGUCGACCACCGUUCGAUACACAAGCAGUAAAAUCAACAUUAACACGUGUUGUCAUGGCUGAUUAUGAAAUUCCACAAUAUUUAUCAUCAGAGGCUAAACAUUUAAUUGAUAGUUUAUUAAAAAAGAAUCCAAAAGAUCGAAUUAAAUUGGAUCAGAUAAUAAAUCAUCCGUUUAUGAAACGAUAUGAGAAUUUAACGAAUCCAACAAGUGGGGCCAGUGCUGGAACAUCUUCUGAUAGUGGUGUUCACACAAUGUCUACAAAUAGUUCAAGACCACCGUUAUCGAAUCGUAAUACAUUUGAAGAUAAUAACAGUUUACAACAUAAUUUUAAAGUUCCUCUUACCAUCGAGAAGAAAGUCACGCAAAAUUCACCGUUCUAUCCAAAUACAAAUCGUCGACAUUUAAGUAAUUGCAGUGAACCAACAAACGCAUCAAAUUCUCCAGUUGUAGUACCACCAACGUUUAAUUCAUUACCAUCUGAUAAUCGAAAUGAUAUGACCACAAAUGAUAUACCAGGAUUGUCAGCAAUCAUUAAAAAAUAUGGGAAGGAAUACCCUGGAAAAUUUACAAAAGCUUCGUACACGAAUCAAGAAUCGUCUGACUAUGGAGCUUUAUUUAGCAAAGGGGCAGACUACGAAAAAGGAAAAUUCUCACCACCAUUACAAACGAUUUCAUUAUUAUCUCAAGACAAUCUACAGCAAGAUCAAGAAAACAAUGUUUCCUCGUGCUCAGUAUUGUCCGGCUUAAAACAACCACAACAAACGCAUUUUUUAAAUCAAUUUGUACAAAAUACACGACCGGACGAUCCAGGGGGCGGAGCAAUGAAACGUUCAUUACAUGAAGAUAGAGAAGCGCCAUUAUUUCACGCAAAUCAGGAUUAUGUUAAUAAUGAUUUGAUUAAAAGAUUGCAUGAUAUGUUACAAAGAGAUCCCUAUCCAAAAUUAACACCAACGGAAGAUUUGUUAAAAGGUAAUUCGUAUGAAAGAUCUACCGAUAAAUUUUAUUAUCAAUCUGAUAUGCAAGAGUUAUUUAAGACACCUGCUGCACAAUAUUUAAAUAGAGAUGAAAUUCUUACGAAUAGAUCACGUGAUCAUCCAUUUGAAACUCCACCGUUAUCUCAACCGCGUGACAUCUCACCUCCUGAACAACUAUUUGAAACACCACACAGACGAUAUGAAAAUAUUGAGCGAAAUGUUCGCGAAUUUAAUAAACUACCAACGAAAGAAGAUAUAACAGUUUCGAAAACCAUUCAAGUGCCUCCAUUAAAUACCACUCGACUUUUACCAACAAGACAUAAAACAAAAAAUGCUAUUUUAAGCUUGCUAAGCAGUGGGGAAGUCUGUUUAGAAUUCUUUAAAUACAAAGCAAAACUUAAAGAGGAACGUGUUAUGGAUGUAUAUAGAAUAUCUGGAGAUGGUUUACGAAUUGUUGUUUAUCAACCGGGGAAUGGACAAGGUGUAGUUCCCGGUAAUGAACCACCACCGUUACCAAAAUCAGGAACAGAUUCCAUUUUUAGUUAUGAAAAUUUACCACAAAAACAUGCAAAGAAAUAUAUGUAUGCAUCAAGGUUUGUUGAUUUGGUUCGAGCUAAAACACCAAAAAUUACAUAUUACAGUGAAAAAGCGAAAUGUGUUUUAAUGGAAAAGACGACGGAGUUUGAAUCAUGCUUUUACAAUGGUAAUAAAAUAAUAUUUUCACAAAAUGAUGGUAUCAAAAUUACAAACACUGAUGGAACAACGUUAACCUUUCCAAAUGUAAAUCAAGUAUUAAAUUUACAACAAUUUCAACAAUCAAUGUGGGCACAUGCACAACAAUGUUUAAAGUAUUGUUACAAAAUUGAAGAAACUUUAACCGACUUAAGUAAAACAUUAAAUAAUACCGGAUUUCCUGUAAUUAUUGGUCGACGUCCAACUUCGACUAUUAAUUCGAAUGGUGAUCAUAAUAGAAAUGGUAAAGAAAAUAAUUGGACUUCGAAUGUUGGACAAAAUAGUAAACUAUUAGUUAAUAGUAAAACACCACCGAUGAUGUCUACAUUUAAUGAAUCACAAUUUAGUGCUACUACAUCUGGAGAUCCUAUUCGAUCAACCCAUAGUCCUGUGAUAACUCCUCGCCGUGUUGUUAUACCGGAUAUUGGAACGGCUAUUCAAUUUGCAUCAGGUGAAGUUCAAAUACGUUACCCAGAUGGUUCAUUACUCUCGUUAGAUUCAUCAUCAAAUUCAAACAGUGUUGUCAAAUAUAAAGAGAUGAAUGGCUCGGUACAACAAUAUGAAUCAGGACAGCCAAUACCUGAUGAAGUUCGGUUUAAAUUGUCACAGGUACCAAUUGUAAUACAGCAUUUAAUGCAUGCCUCAAAUAUACAACAAUUUACAACAAAAACAAAAACCUAUAGAUAACAAUGGUGAUACUGAUGUUGCUGAGUUGUUAUUUCCAUCCCUAUAUCCCGUUUCCAAUACUAUCAUGGCUGUUUAUAAUAAAAUCUCAACGU